UCCCUGGGUUUCCACUAGAUGUCCUGCUUUCCCACGGUGUAUGUCACCUUAUUAACUGUCUUUUCCCUUAUUUGGUCACCUUCCUCCUUGUUUGGGUUAAUUGAUUAUUCCCCACCUGUCUCCAUUUCCCUCAUUACCUUCUGUGUAUUUAUACCCGGUCUGUCUGAGUAUGUGUCACGGAGUCCUUGUCUAUGUCUUGUCAUUCCGUAGUCUUGAUCCUGCCUUGUGUUUUGUCUCUUCUUGUUAUUGGAUACUCUGGUUUUGACCCAGCCUGGACUGUUUACUCUUUUGGAUUACCCCUCAAUAAAUAUCUUACCUGCACUUGGAUCUCUCCUUGUUUCCUGUAUCACCAACCCGAGGCUCUGGAUCCAAUCAUCAGCGCCUCCAAAACGGUCCUGAAACAGGGCGAGACGCUGAACAUCAAAUGCACCGUUCAUGUUGUGGAGCUCGUCUACUUCCUUUGGGACUUUCCCAACAAAGACGCAGGGGGCGUUGAGAUCUUGACUGAUAUCCCGUCGUCCAUGAGCAUGCAGUCCAGUCUCAGCAUCACAAAAGUGUCUCUGGCUGGAUCAGGACAGUAUGUUUGUUGGGUGCAUGAGGGUGUGCUCAACCAGAAAGCUUCAGCCAGUAUCAACAUCACUGUACUGGAGAAAGGAUUCGUGGCUCUUUCUUCUGACCUGGACAGAAGCGUCUCGGCGCAGCUUGGAGAAAACGUGGAGCUGAAGGUGGAGAUCCAGGCGUAUCCCAAACCCACCGUCCACUGGACUAAAGACAGCACUGCUAUUACAGGACACAACACAAUACAGGAAAAUGAGACCCGGUUUGUCAGCACGCUGACCCUGGUCAGGAUCCGACUGGAGCAGAUGGGUCUCUACACCGUCAGUGUCCAAAACGAUGAUGACUUUAAAGACUUGACCUUUGAGGUCAAAGUUGAGACAGUUUGACAUCUAUUUACACACCGCUCAAUUUCCUGAAAACAGACAUCUUUUUAAGUCCAAGAUUAACACCAGCUGUUGGGAUUACUAUCAAACUCUGCAUGUAAUGUAAUGUAAUGCGAUUUAAUUUAGUUUGGUAUCUGUGAGAUUUUUAAUGCUUUUAAAGUCUUUUAUGCUCAUAGAUGCUGCAUUUAUCUGAUUA